UCUCUUUUGAGCGAGUGAUUGCGCAGGCGUGCCAGCACCGCGGGGUGCAGUCGUUGGGGUAGUCCCUUGACCUGACUUCUUCUUCAAGCGCUGUGGACGAGGAGAGCACCAACCUCGUCACAGGGUUCUUCUCUAGCCUUUCGGAAAAGGACUUUUGCCUUACGGAUAAGGACUUUGGUUGUGGUCUCUUGCGUUCACCGAAUCGAUACUUAGUGUUGUAGACUAAGCAGAGCAAUCACUGGGAAGUUGGGAGAAAGCACGGGUUGCGCUAAAGCGUGACUUUAGCUUCGCUGGGUUGCGAGGGCGUUACCCUUGCUUCGCUGGCAGUAACGGUGGCGGUUGCGCUCGCAGUCGGCUCGCUGGGAGACUGGGGCUGGAAGUACGGUCGCCGGGUUGGUCUGGUGAUGCUGACAGUCGGCUCUUGGAGAGACUAGGACUGGCGCACGGUCACCGGGUUUCAACAAGGUUGAAGGUUUGCUCCGGGGAGGCUUUGUAAUCGCUAGGAUUGAUUGAUAUGAGAGAGGUCCUUAAUUCUUCCUUGAAACCUGGUAUAUAUACCUAGGGUUUUGACUGCUCCUUGUUGUAGAAGGACUAUUGAUUGAAGUUUCCUAGUCAAUCUCUGCUACUUGAUUCCAAUAAGGUUUCGUUUUCCCUAUGGAUUCCGGAAUGGGCGAAGCUAUAACCCAAACCCUAGUAGGCUUAUUUUUGGGCCGCAGGUAUCGGCCCGCUGUGCUAGAUCCACUAAAGGAUAUUGCCAAAAUUACUUUUUGACUCAAACAUUGCCCCCCAGGCCUCGAAAUCAGGCUCAUGAAAAUGCAACUGAUUGAAGGGGACUAAAACGACUCGUUCAAUGCUUGAAACGAUGUCAUUAAUGAGGGUUGCGUCCUUUCACUCGCGAAACGCCUUUCCGUCGUAUCGUUUCCCUCACAAAAUCUCUUAUUUAAAUCCGCAGCCACUUCAGACCUGUCUCAUCAGAAACUCUUUUAGUCUCCUAAACCCAGAAACCCUCUUUUACACAUAUCUUCCUCUUCGAAACCCAGAAAUGGUUCCCCCGAAAAAGAUAGUUAUCGAUCAAGAAGAAGAACUGAAUGAACAAGCCGCCCAUUCUUGGGGAGCCAACAUCGGUGCCAGCCUGAUCCUCCAGACCAUUAUCCAGAGACCCCUGCUCCUCAGACUCUCGAACAAUCAUGCCGGACUGGGUCCAACGCCGCGGGAUUCUUUCCCGGCCGACGCCAUCGCCUUCUAUGGCUUACCUGUUCGCCGCCCCAUCCCAGUCCUCCGAAGGACUCCUGGGGAUUUUACCAGUUGGAGUGCCCUUAAUCAUCUAUCAAAAAUAGGGCAUUGGCCAUCUUUUAUCAGUGCGGCGGAGCUUUCCUGGUAUCGUGAAGCGCGAGCUCGAGAUCUGGCUCGCUGGAACGCAGCAGGUAUCACCCAUACUAUCGAUCUUUGUUUUCGUCUUCCGCGCGGUGGCAAUCGUUCGCCACUCGCUGCCUUUCUCUGUUUUUGGAACACCGCCACCAACACCUUUGAUUUUCGAUUUGGCCAAAUGAGUAUCACUUUAUUGGACAUUCUCACCAUCACUGGCCUACCCAUCGACAGCGAGCCUUAUCUGCAUGGCCAAUUCGACUCUGAUACCUUUACUUCCACCAUGGCCCAAAAUGGUCGUAGCGCUCAUAGCGGCUCCUAUCCGCGGUGGUUGGCUUAUUACCGCCAGGAGCACAACGCGACUGGCGGGAUUGCUUUCUUGGAGUACUGGCUUUGUAAGUUUGUCUUCUGUACUUCCUCCUGUAAGCCCACUGGUGCUUGGACCUUGCUGGCAACGGCCCUCUACAACGGCUGCCGCGUGGGAUUAGGACAACCAGUGCUGGGUGCCCUCUAUCGAACUUUGUACCAAGCCACAAUGCAUCCCUUCGAGACUGGCAUUUCUGGCCCUUUUUGGAUUCUUGACUUCUGGAUUCAAAUUUACUUCCCAUAUUUUCGUCGCGACGACAUCCCAUUGCUUCCACCUACUGAUCAACUCCUGGGACGAUGGCUCUGUCGCGAUGAAAGGUACACAUCCCCUCCUUAUUCUGAGUGCUUCACAUACUUGUACCUUCUGCACGAGAUGCCAUACUGCGACUUGGUGCUGAGUCGAAGAUUCCCGGCUCCGCUUGAACAUGGAUUUCUUCCUGGCGCCUCUCGCUACAGUGAUCGCGCGCGCUUGGCCUUUCGCCGCGCAAUCUCCUGUUCUGACAUCAGGAUUGCCGCUGACGAACUCAGUUACGAACUCUAUGCUCCCAACCACUUCGCUCGCCAACUCGGCCUUGUUCAAUUAGUUCCAUUCCCUCUGUAUGAUGCUUGGAACUAUAACACCUCUUGGCGUAGAUUUGGGCCUCUUUCUGGGCCUCCGCCAGCACAAAGCACACUCGUACUGGUUGACCUCCCUGACUGGGCUAGAGAGAUUGACUCUGUGGAUGGGACUGAGGAAGGAUACGAGGCAUGGUGGGCAGAAGUUUCUGUUAACUGCUGGAGGCAACAGCAUGAUGAGCUAUUCGCUGCCAUUUUCGGGGAACUGCGAUACCCCUACCCUGCCGACGUUGAUCUACUUGCUCGCGUCCCUGAAGACGCUGCACAAGUUCCUCCUCCUGCUGCCGAGCCGGCUCCGCGACCCGCGCGAGCCCCUUGUCAGGCCCAGGCUGGUAUUGUAAUCCGCGAACCCCCUCAAGAGGGAAACGCGCCAUCCUCUGGCAGUCGCGCAGCCAACGCUUCCCAAGCCACUGGCCAGUCUGGGAAACAAAAGGCAGUAAUGACAGAGCCUGAAGACAACGAAUCCUCCGCUGAUGAUGAUGACUCGCAGACGAUCGCCGCCCUCUCGGCUCGGAAACGUAGUCGCUCUGAUCCUCGAACUGACCUAUGGGCAGAAGAUGAACCAAUCGCUGACCGACUGGUCCGCCAUAGGUCCUUGAGACACACUGAAGAAGGAUCUUCAGCUGCUGGUGAAGGCACAUCUGCUUCCCAAGCCCAAGCGCCAACUAUUGUGAACAACUCUCUACCUCCUGCGGGCGCUGCCAAUAAUGCACAGUUGGCCUUGAUCCCAGUGCAGAUCAUAGAUGAUAGCUCGCCUGAGGCCGAAGAUAGAGUACCGCUACCGGAUGCACCUCACGAGGAACCAAGCGAUAUACCUGUCCUGGAACAGAUAGCGCCUGACUCAAUUCCUGUUCCCAGUGAAGCUAACCCAGAGGCAAUGCCAGCGGUCGUUGAGCGUGAGCCCCCAGCCGAGGAGAAUCCAAAUGCCUUCAACACUGAGGACGCUGAAGCUGUAGAGGCAGAAGCUGCUGAACCCGCUCUUAAUAUGGUUGGCCAAGAACUUCUUCCCCCUGCCCCCCAAGUCACUGAAGCCGGAGGAUUGGGAGACCUUCCUGAACCAAUGCCAGAGGCAGCACCUGUCGCUGAACCUCCUGAGGUCCCUGUCGCUGAGCAACCAACUCCCUCCACUCUGGAAAUGUUAGCUCGUGUACUCGAAGUGACCCCUCCUGGGGUCGUAGAUGAAGCUAGAGAAGGCCUUCGUCGCUUCCUGGGCCCUGAUAUCCUGAUUCCUGGUGCGCCCGUGAGAGUCUUAGAAUAUUUGAGAGUACUUCUCCGCGAGGGAGCCAUCACUGAAGAUCAGUUCCAAGAGGUCGAUCAACUGCUGCAAAACCUCCCUCAAGGGCUCAAUGAGCGGGCAGUCGCGAGCGCGCAGGCUAGGCAGACCGAGACGCACUAUCAGAGCCUCACUCAACAAACAGAGACCGCGCGCGAUUUCUUGGGUGACCAAGCUAACCUCAUCAGGGAACUGACGCUCAAAAGGAACCACCUGAGGUCCCAGAUUCAGGCUCUUCAAGCCCGGUUAACUGACGUUACUACCAGGCUUACUCAUGCGGAGCCUCAGUUGGAGCAACCCCCUCGCUGCCUUUGAGACGCUAUCCCAGGAACUGGCUCAAGCUCGCGUGGCAGCCCAGCAAGCCGCACAAGCUGCUGCGGAUGCUAGUUUUCGUUUAGAUGAACUUUUCCUUCGCCUGACCCAUGCAGGCCGCAGACUUUUGGGCCUCUAGAAUUAAGCCCAUGUUUUGUAUGAACAAUAAUAUUAUUAUUAACUUAAUAUUUAGCCCACAUUGCUUGGCCCAAAUACAUAUCAACUUAACUUCUCGAACUGUUCAGCGCUUUAAUUUGUUUUAAUGCUUUUAAAACUGUUUGAAAAGAUUGAAAAGAUAAUCUCGAAAUGGAGCGGUUACCUCCUUGGAGACUGCCCCGCCUCCCACGCGCUUUCAAUUAUCUUCAUUUCCGAGAUCUUAGCAUUUAACACCAAUUGAUACGCUCAUUGAUGGCAAUGAGAAUAUCACAACCACCCAUCGUACGGUCAAGGCCACUGAGACUGGCACUAUAAAUAUCUGCACUCUGGGGAGAUGAUAUACACAACUGAAUAUGGGUUUCCCAGAGAUAGAAUCACAAUCUCUGCUUCUCUUUCUCCAGUUUCUACAAUCUUCUCCUCACGAUAUCAGCCUUAGCCUCAAAUUCCUAGGCCUUAUGGCUUAACCUCAAUACCUGGGUAGGUCUUAUGGCCUAACCUCAGGUCCAACCACAUGUCUUUGGUCUCUGGAAGUCGCGGUGAAAUCCACCGGUUUCAUUUAGACUGAAGAACAUGUGGUGCUCCCGCCGCGGCAGAACCCGAUUUUGAGGGGUCCCCUCUCUCAGAUUGCCCGCGUGGA